CGUCGCCAGUUCCUGGCAACUUGCCCAGAACUUGGCCGCUGCUGAUGUUUGUAUUUCACUCUCGCUUGGCCAACGUCAUUUUUCAUGUAUGGAAGGAAAACACACCCACGAACAGGACAAGAUUUAUGGAACUGGCGCAGAUUCCUCCCACCAUUUCGGAAAUGUCGCCAGCCGGGAUCAUAAACUAUCACAUGCAAAAGUUUUUAAAUUGCCUUUAAUAACUGAAUUAAAUGUUUGCGAAUGGCAACUAUCGCAAAGUUUGGGGAAACUUUUGAUUGCUCGAUGCUUGCACAAACAUUUCCCCAACAAUUGCCAGUUGUUUGGACAAGAAGUUAGAAAUUUUUGGUGAAUUAAAGGAAAUUGUUUCAGGUUCUAUUAAAUUUGUACGUUUAAAUUAGUUAUUAUUUAACCAACUCUCAUGAAUAAAUUCGUUUUACAGGUUUUUAAUUAAACAUUUCUUAAAGGGAAAUGAUAAUAUAUAAUAUAUAAAAAGCUUAACAAAGAUACAAUCUUAUCAGCUUAAGAGUUAAAUGUCGGCUUAAAAACAUUUUCCCACCUUCAUUUAAAACUAAAAGCUUUAAGCGAUAAUUUUACUUUCAGUUUAACGAAAGUAAAUUAAAAAUUGUUCGAGGCUUAACCGAUUCACACAAGUUUAAACAUUUCAUUGCCAGUACGCCACGUUGAACAGAGGCUCUCACCGGAUUAAGAAUAUAUAUAUAUUUUGCUGUCUUUAUGCCCCGCUGCGUUUCCCAUCGUUUUCUUUUCCCCCCUCCCCGCCUGCUACGGAAUCGAGUGAAGUAUUAAAUAUAAACUAUUUGAAUAAUUCAGCGACAGCAUUUUGGCCGAGGCCUCUGGACUUAAUCUGCCCCCCAGAGGCGGGAUUGUGUUAAGAGAACGGAGCUCGACGGUAAUGAGUGAACAGCGUCGCGCCUUGGUUAAGCAGCUCAUCAAGUCGGCCAAUGUGAUUCUGGUCGCACUCUUGGUCUACAACUUGUGGCGUCACAAAUGGACCAAAGUGAACUUCAAUCAGCAUCGGUUCUGAUUGAUUUUUGGCAUUCCCCGGGCUCUCCCUUUAUGUGUAUCCUCACUGGCUGAUUGAUUGAUUGAUUAAUUAAUUAAUAAAUCGAGCAUUGGCUUAAAUGUCA